AUGAGAUUUCCUUUCAUCUUCCUUUUUGUCGUCUCGUGUUUGUCCUCGGUCAUUCAUGGCUCAUCACAUCCCAAAACGCCGCCACCAGGACUAGCACAAACCAAAGGGCAACCAGGACUAGCAUCACCCAAAGCGCCACCGGGACUAGCAAAACCCAAAGGCGCUCCACCAGGACUGGCAGAAGCCAAAGGCGCGGCAUCAGGACAAGCAAAAGCCAAAAGCUCUACACCGGGACUGGCAGAAGCCAAAGGCGCUGCACCAGGACAGGCAGAAGCCAAAGGCGCGGCACCAGGACUGACAAAAACCAAAGGCGCUGCACCAGGACUGACAGAAGCCAAAGGCGCUGCACCAGGACUGAAAGAAGCCAAAGGUGCGGCAGCAGGACUAGCAAAAGCCAAAGGCGCUGCACCAGGACUAGCAGAAGCCAAAGGCGCUGCACCAGGACUGGCAGAAGCCAAAGGCGCGGCAGCAGGACUAGCAAAAGCCACAGGCGCGGCACCAGGACUGAAGCCAAAGGCGCAGCACCAGGACUGGCAGAAGCCAAAGCCGCGGAACCAGAAGUAG